AUGAGGAUAGUUGAAAAAGACUACGAAACAAAUGUAUCCAGAAUAAUAUGUACCGAGAAUGGUGUGAUUUUAAUUGAUAAUCAUUUUGAAAAAGGGAAGAAAUAUACGGUAUGUGAAGAGAGUAAUUGUAUUAUAAGUGAAAGCAAAAGAAGAACAGAACUGAAUUUUCCGUCAGAAGUGACUGCGAAGAAUCAUACAAUUAGAUGGAAAAAGUUUGAAAAUAAAGUGGAAAUUGUAAAAGAACAAAUUUGUCAAGCAAGAGAUUAUUGUGAAAAAAUAACAUGUAAGUUUUGUAUGGAUGCAAUAUAUUUCCCACAAUGCCAACCGUUACUAGUUAGCAUAAUUUUGAUAAUUGUCAUAAUAAUGUGUUUAUGGAUGAUUUAUCUGGGAACAACAACAUUAUGUGAAAUGUGGAAAAAGAGAGCUAGAAAAGAGCAUAGUAGAGUGAAGUUUAAUAAGAAAGACGAAAAAAUUGAAAUUGAAAACAAGAAAAGAAGGAAAUCGUCUAAUACAAGUGAAACAGGAAGUUGGAGAAAUUUUAGACCAUCAACAUUUAGAAAUGUGCCAAUAAUUCUUAUUAUGUUACUAGCAAAAAAUUGUUAUGCGUGCGAUCAAAAUAUACCGAUUUCUCAUGAACAAAGAGUAAAUGGAAAAAUAAGUAGUAUUCAAGACAUAUUUUUUUCACCAAUAAAUAAAGAAGUAUGUAUGAAUAUCAAAUAUAAUAAUACUCCUAUUGUGGAUUAUAAAAUAAUAAAUAAAGGUGCAACACAUGAGUGUGAAAAAGGAGAAAUUGUUUUUACAAGAAAUUCAAUUGUUAAAACACAAGCAUAUAAACAUUGUGCAACAGCAGGACAAUGUGCAAUUAAUGCAUGCGAAGGAAUAACAAGAGACACAAAAAUUGAAGAAUUACAAAUUGCAAAUCAAUAUGUAGGUGAAACGCAUUGUGCACAAAGUUGUGGAGGAAUAUUAUGUGGAUGUGGAUUACCAAUGUCAGGAUGUUUAUUCUAUAGAAAUUAUGCAAUUUUUAACCAGUCAGAAUAUAUUGAAAUGUUUCAAUGUGAGUCAUGGUCAACAGAAGUGGACAUAACUAUCGUGUAUACAAAAAAUGGAGAUACAUUUGAAAUUGACAUAAAAUUAAGAGAAGGAUUUACACAUGAAAUGAAAUAUGAUGAUGGCGGAAGCUUGAAUAUAACAUUAGUAUCUAAUGAAAAUGACGAACUAAUUAAUGUGUUUUCAACGUGGUUUCUAAAAACAAAAGAACAAAUUGUAAGAUCAAAAAAGUUAGAGAAUUUAGCAGUAUAUUGUAAUGAGAAAGGCGAAUGUGAAUAUAAUGAAACAUGUCAAUGUACAAAUUCAGAUGAUGAUGCAGAUUGUGAAUGUAAAAACCCAAAUAUACAAAAAGUGUUAGAUAAAGAGGAUAAUAAAAUUCCUAGUAUUAACCAAUUAUAUGAACUCAGGAAUAAGGAGAAUUUUGACCCUUAUAUAAUUGAUUUAAGAAACAAAAUACAUUUACAAGUAGUGACAUCAGAAAAAGUAGACGUUGACAUGAUUGUUGGAACUGGAGAUUUUGAAAUAAGUAAAGUUUCAAAUGUAACUGGAUGUUUUAGUUGUAAGAAAGGAGCGGAAGUGAACAUGACAUGUAAAGCAGAAGAAACUAUUACAGUAAUUAUGUCAUGUGGGAAAUUUGAAUCAAUAAUCCAAUGUGAGAAAAGUGAGAAACAAAAUAAUAUUCGAUUUUUCACAAGUGAAAAGAGUAUGAACGAGACAUGCGAGGUAAUAUCAACUAGUAAAUCGCAUAAGGUAGUGCUGAAAGGAAAUUUGCAAUACAUUCCAUCAGAAGAUGAACCAGAUAAAGAUCAUCACGAAAGAGAAGGAGGAGAGCCAUAUAGUCCAAAACAUGAUGGAACGGAAGAAAACGAAUCAUGGUGGAAAAAAUUAGAGAACAUUGCAAAAAAUUUGCCAACAAUUUGUGGAUCGGCAAUAAGUAUAUUUAGUGUGGCCUUAAUGCUAAGACAUUUAGUACCAUGGUUGGUAAGAUGUUGCAUUUAA